UCUCUCCGCCGAGUCUACCGAGAACGCAUACGUACCGAGACCACUACGGACAAGUACGGACAAGUAGGAAGCAAAAAUGGACGAGGAAAGCGAAAUAGACGUACUUACGAGCUUUUCGAGCGUGCUGCAUCACCAUCGGACAAAAGAAUUUCUGGAAUUUUUUGGGACUAUAUCUACCGACAACCAAUCAGCAUGUCCGAAAACGGAGCAACUCGUCCCACGGAAAACGUCACUUAAGCUACCAGCCGAUUGGUCGCCGCGAUCUCGGCCGCGAUUGGCUGAUUUGAAUCAAAUCGGUUUUUAAAAAUGGGCGUCCGCGUUUAAGAUCCCAGCAUCCGCUGCCUUUUGUUUACACGCGAGAAUUGUCGGCGACGAAACGUAAUGCUCGUCGAACUAUGAGUCCCGUUACCUUCUGGAUAAGCACCCCCGUCGAUUUUUCUGACUCGUGACAGCAUUUGGGAGACGCGUGACGGUAUAUAUUUUUUCCAAAGGAAAUCGGGCUGUGCUCACGUUGGCGUCUGUCACGCGGAAAAUUGCGGUCUUUCUGUGAAAUAUUUCGCCGCGAGAAUGGAGAAAUAUCAGCACAUGAGAACGUUCAUAUCGGCGGCCCUGGAUUACACCAAGCACCCCAGCGAGAGCGUAACCUCCGCUUUACAAAGAAGCCUUGGAGUGAUAAGCGCCUCGCUGGACCUGAGUAUAUUUGACCCCGGGACCAGCGUCGCCGCGGAGUUCUACGUGAGCCUGUACGAGCUCAUGAACUCCUUGGGAUCGCGAUCCACUCUGAUCUGGAGCGCCGUGGACGUUUUGCAGAAUGCCUGCCGGAACGUACCUGCCAGACAGUCGCUCAUCCACACGUACAAAUUCGCGACGAUAUUGGCGAGAUUACUGGAGGCGAAUCUGACGACUGAAAAGAGAAUACGAGUGCUCAAGUUACUUCAAGAGUUAACGUACGGAAUUAAGAUCUCGUGGCAAGAGGCUCAUCUACCGUACCUGAUCUCCAUUUUGACGCAGUGGGUCGCGCAAUCGAAGGAGGCGGACAUCAUCGCCCUUUCCCUAGGAGUGCUGGUUAAUCUGUGUUACAAGAAUCUUCCGGCGGUGUACACGCUGAUGCGAACCGUCAAUACCAAGGCGUUUAUCAGAACGUUGCUGAAGCUCCAAGAUCACGUCAACACUAGCGUGCAAUGCUGUAAACUGUUGAUCAUAUUGGAGCCGACCAACACGAACAUAUCUGAGAAAUAUAUCAUGGACUUUGCGUCGCUGACGUUUGUCAAUCUCAGAAUGGCGAUGAGACAGAGAGACGUUUUAUUGCUGAGGCAUAUCGUCGACUUUUUUAACGACGUCGGGCAAAACGAGCAUUCGCGGAACGUCCUGCUCACAUAUUCGAAUUAUGGCAGGGAUAUCGAAAAUAUAUUGGCCACUCUGGAAGAGAACACAGACCCGGAAUGCGUCGCUCUUAUAAUGGAGUUUUUACUGUCACUGGUGAAGCUGAAAUUAACUGCCCUGACACCUUUGUAUCCUGCGUGUAUAAGAUCGGCUAUGACGUGGGUACCUGUAGAACAAGUGUGCUCGAAAGCUCUGGCGCUCAUACGAAGCGUGAUAAUCGACUCCCGGCGCACCAAGACCACUGCCGAAGUUCUAACGGAGCUGGACCCGUCUGUCCUUAUGCUAAUAACGAAUCCGGAGGAGGAAGUGAACGGGCAGGGUCAAAACGCGGAAACGGAAAUGAAGCAGGCUGAACUGAUGCAGCUGUUUCAGGAGAUGAUUAAGACUCCCGCGUUGAAGAUGAAGAUUAUGCAGUCGUUCAGCGAGCACGCGAUGCGCAGACUGUUCAGCCGCGUGCUGGACAAUGAGUUUUCCGCCGCUGGAGAUUGGACCGGGAACUUUGUCCAGAAUGCCUCUACCAAUCUUUACAUCCACGCGUUAUCUCUGACAGCAGACUUGGCAACGAAUCACUCCAACUGGUUAACACUGUACGCCGAAUUGCUCAGUAGAAAACAAGUGCAGAUGAUAAUAGCCCUGGCGUUGUUCACCGGUGACGGGGAAGUUAGGCAGAAAGUCCUGCAGUUGACGUCGUCGAUUGGAUUUCCGCAAGAGUGUGUUUCCGCGGUGGCACUUUGCAUGAAAGAAUUAGAACCGUUGAUAUUGGUUCAGAGCACCAACAGCAACGUAUUGGAAGUCUCGAAUAAAGCAUCCCUGAGUUACACCGGGAACGAACUCGCGCCGUUAUUCUCCAUCGCGCAAGAGGAGCGCCUCGAUACAUUUUUAGCUAAGCUUAAAUCAGCCUUCGAGUCGAACCAAAUUAGUGAUAUUCCAACGUCUGCAGUAAUGGAAUUAUACGAAUACAAGUUAGCAGCAAUGAGACAUUCCGAAAGGGCGAUGCAAUCCAGUUUAGAAGCGGCGAAUAAUCACGCUACUAGUCUACAGCACAGGUUAGCGCAAGUAGUAGCCGAAUCUAGUAGGUUACAUCAGUUAUUAUUCGAUACCCAGCAGUGUUUCGAAGGAAUAAAAGUGGAGAAGUCCGUGCUAACAGGCAAGCUUAGCGAAAUGGAAGACCAAUCUAAAAAGGCACUUCUUAUAAAAAAACAAGAGAUUGAAUCCUUGAAAAAAAUUGUGAUAGAAAAGUCGACAAAUUUGGAAGUUUUAAGUGAGAAAUUAACGCAAAGUACGAGGGAAUUGGAAGAUAGUAACAAUAAAAUAGAUAUAUUAACGAAAAAGGUCAAGGAAUUAGACAGUGAACGUUUAAGUGCUGAAGCAAAGGCUACGAAUAUAGGCAAUAAAAAUCACGAAUUAAGCCAACUUCUACAAAAGAUGAAAGAUUCCCUUGGCAAAAAAGAACAGAUCUUAGAGAAAAAGAGUGCAGAGAUAGAAGCAAACCAGAGCGAUAUAUCCGCGCUCAAGCAAGAGAUACAACAAAUGACACAUAUGAUACAGACAUAUGAACAAACGAUACUCGAAAAAGAUAGGAGUAUCCAGAGAAUGAAAGGGGAAUUGAAAGAAUUGAGCCGCAUGCGAGAUAUGAUCUUCGAGCUUACUGCUAAAAACAAAGACGACACCUUUUUAUGUAUCCAGACAAGAUGUAGCUGGAUCAAUAAAAUGGUGAAGCACAAAAUGGGGAGGUGAAAAAUAUGCUAAUCCAUCUCAAUUAUCUGACACGAAAGCCAGUCGGCGAUACGUCUAUCACCUCUGUGUAUUACGUGUCGGCAAUAAAGUUCGAUAAUACCGAAAUUCAAUUCAUUUGUCAUUGCACGUAUCGCUCAACGAUAAGUACAACUUUAGAAAAGCUGUAGAAAUAAAUUAUCUUCC